AUGCCUUCUUUCACCACCUUCGUUGGCGCUGCGGCGCUCGCCCACAUGGCGGCUGCCUACACGCAGGUCAACCUCAGGAGCGCGUACAUGACCAAAAAUAUCGACCCUAUUGUCUUCCCUGGAUCUUACGACAAGUCGCAUUUGCACUCCAUCUUUGGGUCUGACGCACUUACCGCGUCCACGACAACGUCCGCCGAGCUUCAGAAGGGCUGCACCAACGCAGACAACCCCAAUGACCUCAGCGCCUACUGGGUCCCCACGCCCCUCUUCACCACCGAUGGUGGAAAAACCUACACUCCCCUGGGCAUGUUCCGCUUCAGCGCAUACUACAAUCUCGGCGAGACCCCCGCCGAAGUGGCUAUCCCGCAGGACCUGAAAAUGGUCGCGGGCAAAGCCACCGCCACCACCGAAGCCGACAUGGUCGCCAACGCGCAGAGCAGCUGGGGCUGCGAGGGCGAAUCCAUCCCCCUGGACAAGAACGGCUUCCCUAGCAGCACCUGCGCCACGCACAUCCAGCAGCUCCUCUACUUCCCCAACUGCGUGAACGUAGACACGCUCGAGACGGCGUACAAGGACCGCCGUGGGGGCAGCUGUCCCUCCGGCAUGAAGAGCAUGCCACAGCUGCGGUUCAGCAUCCGCUGGGACGCGCGGAAGAACCUGCCCAACGGAUGGAGCGGCGAAGCCCCCAUCAAGCUUGCCUGCGGCAAUGCGUUUUGCUCGCACGGCGACUUUGUCAACGGCUGGACCGAGGAGGCGGCGCAGAACAUGCUCGCUACCACGCAGGAGAAGAUGCAUUUCAGCGCGGUGACGGGCAGCUUGGGGACGAGCCAGAUGAGCUGCACGCCCAAAGAUGCGGAGCCUGACAAGGGCACCAGCGAUUUUGCGGAGAGUGUGAGCUUGAUGAGCAAGAGGAGUGUGCCGGAGUGGGGAUGGGCUAGCAAGAGCCGUCUGAGCCGCGCGUAG